AGUUUAUUAUGUAUGCUAUGGAAGGUGCUAAACACAACUGCCAAGUUUACAUCACUUCAUUCGCCACAUUUUACUAUGAGGUAACCAGAACGGGCACACGAGGAAACACCGCAAGGCUAUAGUUGGCUGCGGAGAGUAGGGCUAUAGAUCGGCUUUGGCAUCAAAGAGGCAAUGUCUGAGGAGAGCGAACAAAGCAUCAGAUGCUCUAAAUUUUGAGUUGUGUAUAUGUAACCGAAUUUCCUAUAAACAAGUUUACUCAUCACAUGCUGUUCUUGAGUGCUGCAAUGGUUCAGUCGGGGAGAAAACAAAUUGCCCACUUCAAGUGACUUUAUAAAAAUUAUGGAUCAUAUUUAUAGCAAAGGUAAGAAAGUUGGCAACAUUGAUUUGUGAGAUCAAUAUUUUUUAUGAGAAGUAAGUAUGGAUGUGAAUUUAAGGUUGUUGUAUUUCUUCUCAUCAAUUAAGUUAUCGGUUUCAUAGUUAAGUGUUGUGUGAAGAGUUAAAUUGUGCAAAAUUGUAUUGAACGACAGGGUUGCCAACAUUCAAGUAAUGACGUUUUUUUCUGUUUAUCGUUGUUCAUUAAUGUAUAGUUUUUGUUGUUGACAGUUGAUGUACAUCCCAUAAUGCUAUGUUGAGACAGUGGAUCAAGAAUGCAACAGUUGGAUGAACAGGACGAAAAGGAUGAAAUUGAUGAAGAAGUGGAUUACGAGUUUAAUGAGGAGGACUAUGAGGAAGGGGGUGAGCGCAAGAGCCGUGGAGGUUCGGGCUCCACUGGCCGCUCUCUCACACUCCAGAUGCUGCUCGCUGCUGGUAUUCUACAGUCUGGGGAAGGUACUAUGGCCAUCGAGUACCUGGGUCAGAGAUUUGUAGGUGAUUUGUUACCUGAUGGCAAAAUUAAGUCUCAGGAAACUGAUCUUGUAUUUGCAUCACCAAGUGCAUGGGCCAUCCACUGCAAGAGAAUCAUUAACCCUGAGAAGAAAUCAGGCUGUGGUUGGGCAUCGAGAAUGUCCUUUGCAGAUGAAGAUAUGGACAAGGAGAGCAAAACCAUGACUCCGGCACCGAUUCCACGUCUCAUGGUUAAACAUAGUGUUCUUGGCUGCCGUAGCAUCAGUCAUGAUCAAAAUACUCUGGUGGAGAGUACUCCAUUUUCUUCGCUGGGGAAGAUUCAGCCAUUUCUUAUUUCCAUGGCAACCAAUGCUGUGCUUGUCAUGGACUUUCACUGCCACCUCACAACAUCUGAAGUUGUUGGGUAUCUUGCUGGUCAUUGGGAUGUGAAUGCUCACAAUUUAGCAAUUACACAUGCAUUUCCAUGUCGGGCACGGCUUGGAGAUAGAGAGAUGGCUCCAGUUGUGGAAGCAGAAAUUUUUCGAGCCAUUGAACAACGACAUUUGAUCUUGGUUGGCUGGUAUCACUCCCACCCUCAUAGUGCAGCCACUCCAUCUCUCAGAGAUAUAGAUGCCCAGCUGGAGUAUGAAAUCCGUAUGAAGGGCAACAGUGAUGCGAAGUGCCCAACUUUAGAAUCUUCAGUUGUGAGUUACUGGGUAAUGCCACCUCCUGAGAGCAAGCCUUUAGAGUAUGGCAAACCCAUGUUAAUGAGCUACAGUGUAGUGCAGGAUCAAUUUCUUUCACAGGAUGCUCUUAACGAAAUGAAAAAAUGUGUUGAAUUUUAUAAAAAUGAACCUGAAUAUGUGAAAUUUAGUGACAAAUACAAAGGAAAUAUUACUUACUUGGAAAAACUGAAGACUACUUUGACUUCUAAAUUUCCUCGUGAUCAAAGUGAUGGAAUUUUAUGGGGAUUUAUUCGAGAUCUUGUUUGCCCUGAAGCAGGAGGUUCAGAUGACCAUGCUUCUCUUCUUGCUAAGGCUUUUACAAUUGACACGCCAGCACCAGCUGUGAGCAGUAGCCCUAGUACUUUGGACAGAGUGAAUUUAUUAGUACCCACCAUCCCAUUGCCUUCCAACAUGAAGACAUCUAAUAGCAAUAGUAUUGCUGGCAGCAUAAGUGCCACUUUAAGUAGCAAUUUGUUGAUGGGAUCAGAUAUUGCUAAUGCCUUAUUCGCUACAGGCAAGUUUCCAUCUCCUACUUCAUUGAUGGGGCUUACUUCAGAGGCAAGUCGAUCUAUUCUUGGAGCAAGUAAUCUCUCUAAUAUGUUUAUGUCUCCCAUGGGAUUUAAAAUGGACAGUGUGAGCAUUCUGAAACCUAUUAGUACUGUCAAUGCUGCUCCAUUGCCUAGUACAUCCAAGUCCUCACCAAGUUUGGGAUCUGACAUUACAGUGCAGCCUGUGAAAGUUAAUCAGGGAGACAAUCUUUUUCCUGCUCCAGAGAAUCUAGAGAAGAAGUGUACAGUGACUGGAGGUCAAGUGUGAGACUCUCAAUAUUCGUUUCUCUAAGAAGUACAAGCAGUGUGAAUUUUUGAUCUUUGACAUAACAAUUAGAAAAGUAAUUCUUUUUGGUAUUUUUAAAGGUUUAUGCAGAGAGACUAUUGUUGCAUGCUAUUUGUGUGUGCCUGUUAGGAACAUGUGCUUAGGUUUGUGUUUUAAUUUAUAAUAUAUUUAUUGGUACAUUGCUUCUCAAAGUGGCAGGCUCUGUUUUCUGUUGGGCUGAUAACAGUUGAACCAGGUUGUGUGAAUUUAAAAAAAUUAAUUUGAUCUUUGAGGACCAAUCUCAUGUGAACUAUACUGAUUUGCUCGUAUUUCCAGCAGAUGUAAAAUCUUCUCCAGUAUUAUUCUACUUUGUAUAUAUGAUUUUUUAGGGGCAAAUUGGCCUUUCUCUUUUGUUACUGUAUAGAACAGAUGCACCAGUUAUGAUUUUUUGUAAGUUUUAUACAACCUUAUUCAUAAUAAAUUACUUUUCCAAACAAAAUGUUUUAUGUUUUUUUUUUGUUUUUCUUUCUAAUUGAAAAUAGUAAUAAUGUUACUUUUGUUCAUUGCAUUUUUCAGAUUACAUUUGAAAAAUUAUUUUAAACUGAAGAUAUCAUGUUAAUUUCAGAGUUCUCUUUGGUUUUGAAGCUCAAUGAGAAUGGUCGCUCCAUCAUUAAUAAUGUAUGUGAAUACAAUAUGAUUCUUUUUUCUGCACUUUGUCUCUCCAAAUUAAUUUUAAUUUUCCCCAUUAUUGUGGUUCUUAAUCUAAGAUUCAUGAGUUUCCUAGUAUAAUGUAAAGUUUAAAGCACCAUUAUGUAUUUAUAUAUUUCCUUUGAAACAAAAUAUAUCUGGUUUAAUUCUUGUCUUGUUUAAUGUAUAGGAAUAUUUUGUUAAUAAUUUUUUCUCUAAAACUCUCAAAUUAUGAGACAUGUCAACAAAAUUAAUAUUUUUCAGUCAAAUGUGUCUUUAACAUGCAAUCCUAAAGGUUUUUUAAGUACAAUGGUAUCUACCUGUAUAUUAAGAAAUUUAACAUCCUUAGCAAAGUAAAUAAACAACCAUCAAAGCAUGGCGAUUUCAAAAAAAGUCAGAUCCCAAUAAUUCGGAAUAAAAGUAACUUAUUAGUUUUGGGGAUAAUAAUUUUGGGAUUAAUAGGGUAAUUUAAAAAAAUUUAUAUUAGGUAAAUUAAUCUGAUUUUCCUGGCAUUGCACUGAAAGAACCUCUUCUCUGGUAUUUAUAUUUACUGAAGAGCUGAAGGUGUCACCACUGAAAGUAGACAUGCCAACUUCCUCACCGAACAUCAUUUCUUGAGGUAUCUUUAGGUUCAGGAGAAUUAUUUGCAACCAUCUUUUCUUGAAUCACAGUGUGCAAAUAUUAUUUAAAUAGAUAUGUAGCAAACAACAGAAGUUGUAGUAACAGAAUUCACUUGUUUACUAUCGCAGUAGUAUAAUAAAUCGUGAAAUUUUAGGCUGACUGAUAAAUGCUGAUUAUACCAUAAAAUGUUAGUGUUAUUUCUGCUUCGUCCAAAUUAUAACAAAUUUUAGUUUGUUAAAGUGUAAGGUGUAACACAAUGGUUAUGGAACCCUUACUAUAGAUUUUGAAUGCUUUCUGUGUUUGUAAAAUAAGUAACCUUUGUUUUUUCCUAACAAAUACAACCUAGAUAACUACAAUAGUGUGAAUGUAUGCAUUCAGUCAUUAAGUUAAUUAGUAUGAGAAAAUGGUUUACUCUUGCAAAUUUGAAGAUUAUCAGAAAAACGUACUUCACAGUAUGUUUGUAUUCUCCGGUGAUAAAUUUGUCAAGUUGUUUUUAAUUUCAUUUGUUCUUUAUUUUGUGAAUCACGGGUGCAAAAAAGUAGCUAUUGACAAUUGUGCAUUGUCACAAUUAGCUUUUAAUUGUAUUUCUUUAUAAUUGUCACAUUUUUUUGUAUAAUACUUAGUAUGUUCAAAAAUAAUGUUUUAUAAAUUAAGAAAUUCAUAUCAUGAACAAGAUUGAGAACCACUGUAGGACAGUAUUGUUUCCUGUCGAAUUAAUUUUGGACACUGGAAAAUUAAAGUGAGAAUUAAGGAGAGCAAAUAAUAAUAAUAAUAAAAUGUGUAAUCUGUGAAGCAAUACCAUGGAAACAUA